AUGGGGGGCUGCUGCUGCUGCUUCCUCGAUCGAAAGCCUCCGCGGGAAAACCCGAUGGCGAUGCAUCAGGAACAGCUCAUCCGGCGCGGAUCGAGCGCUGCCGACUACCCCUACCCAGCACCGAUGGUCACGUACAGCGAGGGGCUGGGCGCUGCAGAGAGAUUGAAGGCUGGGUUCCGGACGUUUAAAAAGAACGUCUACGAUCAGAACCCAAAGUUGUUCGGUCAGCUCAAGUCUGCCCAGUCGCCGAAGUACAUGGUGUUUGCAUGCUCUGACUCGCGUGUUUGUCCAUCAGUGACCCUUGACCUAAAGCCAGGAGAAGCCUUUACUGUCCGUAAUAUUGCCAGCCUGGUCCCAGCCUACAAGCAGAAUGUGCACUGCAAUAUCGGUUCAGCCAUCGAGUAUGCUGUGACCAUCCUCAAGGUUGAGUGUAUUGUGGUUAUUGGUCACAGCUGCUGUGGUGGAAUCAGGGCACUCCUCUCUUUGAAGGAAGAUAGACCACACACCUACUUCAUUGAAAACUGGGUCAAGAUCGGUCUGGAUAUCAAGAAGAAGGUGGAGAGAAUACAUGGCUUUCUGCCUUUUGAUGAACAAUGCACCAAGUUGGAAAUUGAGGCCGUCAAUUUGUCCCUUAGAAACCUGAAGACCUACCCAUUUGUCAUGGAUAGAUUGGCCAAGGGAACACUCAAACUCAUCGGUGCUCGCUACGACUUUGUUUGUGGCACCUUCCAGACUUGGAAUGCCUGA